AUGAACCAGGAACAGAUCCUUUUGCCGAGAGACAAAGUUGGUGCCCUGCCGAGCCAUAUUCAACUUGCAGCCACCUCAUUGCCCAUCACAGGAACAAAAGCAAAUCCGAAGAAAGUAAGCAAAGAUGAGCUUCAAAAUGUUGCUGGUUUGGCGGCAACUUCAACUGCUAGUGGUGGGAAAUUCGACAAGAAAUUGGCUGGAGAGAAGCCCCCAAAGCAUGAAAAGAAAUAUAGGAAGUUUCUGCCGACUGUAGAAGGAUCGGGAAUGGGUGCAAUGGAGAGGCAGCAAACCGAGAAAGUCUUGAAUAGAUUGAUUUCGAAAAACUCGCACGAGAUACUCAAUGUUGAAAAGGCUGUGAACAUGUACAAUGUGAAGAAGGAGAAGAAACAAAGAAAGCAAAGUGGACAAUCAUCGACUUCAGGCAAGUUGAAGCCCGGAAAGAAAUCUUUCAAGAAGAAACCGCAAAAAGGGUCAUCCUUUAAUAAAGGAAAAUCGAAAUGA